GAGAGCGCAGCGAAAACAAAGAUGGCGACCGCGCCGGGGUCGGUGGCCGCGGCGGCUGCGGUGCUACGCGCGGGCCAGACCCACUGAGGCGGCGGCGCAGGGAGCGGGGCUGCGGGGUCUCGGCGGCGGCGGCGGCGGCGAGAGGGCAGAGGGAGCGCGCGGCGCCCCUAACCUUCAGCCGCGGGAGCGCGCCGGCACCCGCCCGCCGGGCCGGCCGGCCGCGAUGUCCGGCGCCGAGGAGGCUGGCGGAGGCGGCCCGGCCGCGGGGCCAGCCGGCUCCGUGCCGGCCGGGGUCGGGGCCGGGGCCGGGGUCGGGGUCGGGGCCGGGCCCGGGGCGGCCGCGGGGCCGGCGGCGGCGGCGGCGCUGGGUGAGGCGGCGGGGCCCGGGCUCCCAGACGAGGCGGGCCUAGCCGGCGCCCGGCAGCUGCAGGAGGCGGCGGGCGACCCCGACGCGCCGCCCAAGAAGCGGCUACGGGCGGCCGAGGCAGCCGAGGCGGCGGCGGCGGCGGCGGCGGCGGGCAGCGGGAAGCUGGAGGAGCGGCUCUACUCGGUUCUGUGCUGCACGGUCUGCCUGGACCUGCCCAAGGCCUCCGUGUACCAGUGUACUAACGGUCACUUGAUGUGCGCUGGCUGUUUUAUCCACCUACUAGCAGAUGCCCGGCUGAAGGAGGAGCAGGCCACGUGCCCCAACUGUCGUUGCGAGAUCAGUAAGAGCCUCUGCUGCCGCAACCUGGCCGUGGAGAAGGCCGUGAGCGAGCUGCCCUCUGAGUGUGGCUUCUGCCUGUGCCAGUUCCCCCGCUCCAUCCUGGAGAGGCACCAGAAAGAGGAGUGCCAGGACAGGGUGACGCAGUGCAAGUACAAGCGCAUCGGCUGCCCGUGGCAUGGCCCUUUUCACGAGCUGACGGUGCACGAGGCCGCCUGUGCCCACCCAACCAAGACAGGCAACGAGCUGAUGGAGAUCCUGGAUGAGAUGGACCAAAGCCACCGCAAGGAGAUGCAGCUCUACAACAGCAUCUUCAGCCUGCUCAGCUUCGAAAAGAUCGGCUAUACAGAGGUCCAGUUCCGGCCAUACCGCACGGACGACUUCAUCACGCGUCUGUACUAUGAGACGCCUCGGUUCACGGUGCUGAACCAGACGUGGGUCCUGAAGGCACGCGUGAACGAUUCGGAGCGCAACCCCAACCUUUCGUGCAAGCGCACCCUCUCCUUCCAGCUCCUGCUCAAGAGCAAGGUCACCGCGCCCCUGGAGUGCUCCUUUCUGCUGCUCAAGGGCCCAUACGACGAUGUGAAGAUCAGCCCCGUCAUCUACCACUUCGUGUUCACCAACGAGAGCAACGAGACGGACUACGUACCGCUGCCCAUCGUCGACUCUGUGGAGUGCAACAAGCUGCUGGCCGCCAAGAACAUCAACCUGCGGCUCUUCCUGUUCCAGAUUCAGAAGUAGGCGGCCCUGCCCACGCCCACUGCCGUGGCUGCACCGCACCAUUGCCCAUCUCAGUGGAGAAGGGAUGGAAGCGAACCCUGGGACGUCUGCAUGCGUGUGCGAAGGUGGGAGCCCCCUCGCCCUCUGCCCCACCUCCUCUGUCCUGGGCGCCGGAGGCUGGGCCCCUGAAGAGGAGACACUGCUCGGGGACCCAAGGGGUGUGGCAUGGCUCAGCUGCCUGGCCCCAGCCCCCAGCGUGCAGUGGGCCCCACGCCUGCUCUGGGCUGCACGGCAGGCCACCCACAGCUCCUGGGCCGGGCUCGGGGGCGCUGACCACAGACAGCGUAUUUGAUUGCAAUUAAAAAGGCACCCUUGUUUCCUA